AUGAUAGCAGCGGGGGACCUCAAUGUGUAUGCAACCACGGAUGAACCAUUCUGUGGACCAGGGGUCUUCCCGGGACAUGGGCCACACCGCGAUCAAGGCGAAUUCAGGGACCUGCUCCAGAAUCACAGAUGCACAGUCCUCAACUCAUGGCAGUGCAGGGGCGUGAAGUCGCGGACUUUUCUCCCUCCGAAAGCUACCUCCACAGAGCAGGGCACUCAAGUGGACUAUAUCAUUGUGAAAGGCACGAUCUGUGAUGAUAUAGCAAAGCGGGCAGCACCGAUUGAGGCACCAUUUGUGAUGGAAAGCGGCUGUCGGCACCUACCAGUACGAGCCACAGUGCCAAUGCCAAAGGUUCCCAGACCCAUCACAGAACAUAAGCCCCAUGUCAACAUGAUGCAGGUCAGAAAAGAUCUUCAAAGCCAGCAGACCUCCUUGAUGUUCCGGGAGAAGGUGGCACACUCAAUGGGGACACUGGACCAGGACAUGAGCAUUGAUCACGUGCUACUUGCAGGUUGGGAACUGGCCCGUCAAGAGUCAGGCCCACGACUACAUACCACACUCCAUGAAUCAGAUGGCAGUCGAGCAGGGGUAACACUUCGAAACAUGGUGUCAGGCAUGUGGCAACUACGGGCUCAACUUCGGGACCUACACAAUCAGGUGACGGCCCAAACAGAUGAGCCCUCUCUCAGACAGAUGUGGACAGCAUGGAAGCUGACCUCUCGUCUCCAGGUUGUCAACCGGGAACUCCGGAAACAAUGCCGGCAACGAAAGACUGCCAAGGUGGCUGAUGCGGUGGCCUCGGACAGUAUACACCAAGCAGUCAAGAGGUUUGCCCCCAAACAGCAACGGCGACGACUGCAGCUCAGAUCGGUGGAUGGACAUCUUCAAUCCCAUGAAGCUGAACUCCAGCAGAUUGUCCAGUACUUCACUAAGCUAUAUUCGGCUGUACCAUGUGAAGAACUAGCACUCUCGGCGGACAUCAACAUAAGUGUUGAAGAAGUGUGGCAGGCCAUGCGGAGGAUCAAGCCGGCCAAGGCCAUGCCAUCGGCCUGUGCCCCGGCAGCCUUGUGGAAAUUGGUCAGCGCCGACGUUGUGCCGGUGUUGGCAAAGCUGUUGGGUGCCAUUGUUGCGACGCGCCUACAAUCCUACGCGCUGGCCUACCUUCGGGGCAUCCCUCAAUUCGCGCCCGGCAACUCAUCACUGACCAUACCCACUCUCUGCAUGCUAGACGCCAAGGACGUAGGACCACAGCAGUUUGCGGUGGGGGCAUUGGAGGAUGCACAAGUUCCAUCAGAAUUGGUGCGAUUGCACAGGGGGCUCAGACAGGGAUGUGGACUGGCACCAGUGCUUUGGGCCAUCUAUUCGGGAUGGGUGCUCAGAGCCUUGGAUCGGGAACCAGCGAUUGACAUCACUGACUGUAAUACGACAUACGCAGACGAUUUCCUCUAUGCCUGGAUCAUUCGCAGUGGCAAAGAGCUUGAAAAUGUGUACCAGGCGAUGAAGCAGAUCCUGGUGGGACUCUGCCAGAAGGGCCUUGAACUCAGUAUGAGCAAAACGGUGGCCAUACUCAAACUUCAUGGUCCGCAGGCUGCAGCCUGCCUACGCAGAUAUCAAGUUGACAAUCCACAUGGCGAAGGUCAGUGUCUUAAGUUCAUGAUUGCAGGGGAGCCCAAAUACAUCAAGAUUGUCACUCAGCACAUUUACCUGGGAGUGAUCGUGAGCUUUGGCAAGUUUGAACAGCAGACGUUCGAGCACAGAUUGAGGCUGAGACUGUGGCAAGGAACAGUCCUGCCCACCCUGCUACAUGGAUUGGACUGCACAGGCCUCACAGCCGCGACGGCGUCUACACUGCUGGCCUUCUUCUUCAAGCAUGCGAGGUCGGUCGCGAAAUCACACAGCCAAUUCACUCAUGAAACCAACAUGGACUUUGCGAAGCGACUUCGGCUGACCAACCCGAUCGCGAGCCUACUGCAGGCCAUCCAUAGAGAAGAACAAAGCCAAUGGCGACAACUGGUGCAUAGCCAACUGAGUGAAGUGACCAUCCCCACUCAUCAGACGGAAGCCCCGCCGGAACAAGCAGUGCAGCUGUGCGAUGCGAUCGUUGAGAAUGAACUUGCUCCACCGGCGGUGCGGGAGUCGGCGACAUCCUCGGGGAAUCCAAUGUGGCUCGGGACUUGCUCGCCACCCAGUCUGGAGGACCGGCACAACAAGUUCCACAAGCCGGAGCACAAAGGAGUGGGCGGCAAGAAUCAGCCCAAAGGCAAAGGCAAAGGCCAAAACAAAGGGCCAAAGCCGAGAAAGCAGGGACGGGCCAAAGCAUCAUGGAGUUCUUGGGGACGAAACAGUCAAGGCAACCAGAUGACGGGUCAGGACGAGUGGAACUACGAGCCGGAGGAGGACGAGGAGCUGGACAAUGUGGAGUUGAAGAACAUCGUGAAAAUCCUGACAGCUCUCAUCCUUCGCCACGAAUCGCAACACUGUCUGCACCGACUGGACACAGGAUUUGUUAUUUUCCUCAAGACCGAUGUGCCGGCCAAUGUGGCGACGAGCACCUUCAAGCUGGCCAAGCAGUGGCAUGCCAUCAAGAGCGAGACGCCAGAGAAGUUGGAGGCGCCAAUGAGGACCACAUUGUUGCAACACCUGCUGGUCACAGUGCAGGAAAGGGCGAUGAAGAUGCUGGAAACACCAUCCUCGCGGUCGACGGCGGUGUCCCUUGGGUGGCUCAGCGAGGACGAGACGCAGAUCAUGGGAGCCAAUGGUGGUGACGAGGUACCAUGCUACGAGGCCGCUGAGCGAGCAGUAUCAGGCACCCACGCUCACGAUGCUGCUGGAGAUCGGGCUUCGCGCAGAGUCGGCUCACUCGGCAUGGCACAGAUUUCGCAAACUCACCCAGUCUGCGAUUUGGGUGGCAGCAGGGGCCUACCUUCGUCAAGAGCGGAUCCAGAGGAGUCCGUUAGCUCAAAGACUGGCGGUGCUGGCCAAAUCUUUGCACUGAAGCUUGGCAACAAAGGCAACUACUGCUACAGUAAUGCUGUGGUUCGCAGCAUGCUACACCUCGCAGAAUGCCUCGGGGGACUACAGGUGAUCUUUGAGGGGACCAUGCUUGAGUACUUGACGGGGCUAAAGCAUGCAAAAGGGACAAUCCACAUGUGGAAUAAUCCAUUUUGGCGUGCACAAAUGGGGAAGUGGAGGAAUCCGCACAUGCAACAUGACGUGGCGGAGUUCCUUGCCCAUGCUUUACACAGACUACCUCAUACAAUGAGCAAGCUCGCGACUCCCUGGCAGGCCAGAUCACAGGGUACCAACUGGCGAGUACAGGAUGAAGGCCAGUCAAUUCCCCUCACGAUCCUUCCGGAGGAGUUGGCAGGCGGCAGGGCAUUGAGUGAACAGUCUGUGCAAAGUAUGAUAACAGCAUGGCACAAUCAAGAAGAUGUGCAUGCUUUGGUAUUUUGGCCACCGGCUCUUGUGUUCCAGGCUGGACGUUUUGAUUUCGAUGCUGAUGGUCGUAAACUGCAGAAACGUAGAUACAAGAUCAGACCGGACCAUUAUAUUCGGGCCCCGGGGUUUGAUAGGGAUGGCACCAUCCAUUGGAAGCAGUACCAGCUUUGCUCAGUGAUCAUUCACAAGGGCAACUCCCCAGACAGCGGUCAUUACUUCAAUCUUUUGUAUGAUUGUUGGGAGAGCUCAUAUCACAUUGCUGAUGAUGGUGUUGUUAUGGUGAAGAGGCUGGAUGCGCAGGGCAGCUUUUAUCAGACGAGCCGACCGAAUAAAGUCCACGGCCUGUUCCUGACCUCCCUGCGGACCAGGACAGCAGGGUUGGAGGAGACCUCGCCUACGGCAUACUUCUCGGUAUUUAUACCUAGCUCCUUCGAGCUCUGCCUCAGAAUGACCCAGUGGCAGGACCUAGCGAACCACCUCGUGGACCUCCUCGUCCGGUUCCAGUCAGACUAUACGCCCGACGGAGGCGGGGCACACCGGCCACCUGCCCGGGCCUUCCAGCAGGGUUCACAACGAAUCCGACUGCUCGGCUCGGAAUUUUCGGCCCUGGUGGACCCAAUGCAAGCACAAGGGCACAACAGGCCAUGGCCCUACAGGACCACGACCCCCUCUGCCGAGCUCUACCAGUGA